CGCCCCCAACUUGGGCCUUAUAAAUUCUGCCCGCCGCGCCCGCAGAGCCGGGAUGGGCCGGGCUCAGCAGAGGGCUCGGGGGUCCGCAGCGUGUCUGCCCGGGAUGUCCCAGGCAGCUGAGGGCGAGCAGCCCCUGGAGACGACGGGCGCCGCUGAGAGCCGGCACGAGGCCGCCCCCGAAGGCGAGUCGCCGGCGGAGACCGCGGGGCCCUCGACUAGGAGCCAGACCGGCGACGAGGCUGACCUGGUGAACCGCAGUGGGAACGAGGAGGACGCGGGAAAAUGGUUCGUUGGUAGCCUGAGCUGGGAUAUCAGCAAAAAGGACCCCAAAGACUAUUUUACCAAACUUAGAGAGGUCGUUGACCGUACCAUAAAAAUGGAUCCCAACAUUGGAAGAUCAAGAGGUUUGGGGUUUAUCCUCUUUAAAGAUGUGGCCAGUGUGGAGAAGGUCCUAGACCAGAAGGAGCGCAAGGUAGGUGGCCAUAGGAUGAACCACAAAAAGGCCGUAACCAUGAAGAAGGAUCCUAUGAAGAAAAUCUUUGUGGGGGGUCUGAACCCUGAAGCCACUGAAGAGAAGAUAAGGGAGUACUUUGGCAAGUUUGGGGAGAUUGAGGCCAUCGAGUUUUCACUGGAUCCAGAGUCUAACAAAAGACAAGGUUCUGUUUUCAUCGCCUUUAAAGAAGAGGAACCUGUGAGAAGCAUUCUGGAGAAGUUCCACACCAUCAGUGGUAGCAAGCCCCCCUGGUACAUAGUUGUAUAUUCUUCGUUGUGGGUCCUUCUAGUUGUGGCAUGGAAGGACACAUACAACUGGAUUAGGGAGGUAAAUAACCCAAACCCAGCCCUCUGCACGAUAUGCAGAAAAGAAUUUGGGAUUGGGCACGGCGGAGAAGGGGAUGUGAAAGCACAUAUGGAGACUGAAUCUCACAAGUCCAGGAUGAGACAGUCAGGGGCCUCUAAACCGAUCAAAAGCGGUUUCAUUUCCCGAAAAUACACCAAUGUCCAGGCAAAAGUAGCAGCCACUGAAUUAACGUGGGCAUACCACACGAACAGACACGCGCUAUCUUACCGCUCCCUUGACUGCUCUAUGAAACUGAGCAAGGUGACAUUUUCUGAUUCAGAGGUCGCAACUAAAAUCUCCUGUGGGCGAACGAAAGGAGAAAUUUUGAUAACCGACGUGCUGGCCCCUUACAGUGUCGAGCUGGUUUUGUCAUUUCUCACCAACGGUCAUGUUUUCUACAGUCUGUCGACCACAGGCGAUGCGCCGAAUCACGGCCACAAAAAAAUUUUCCCUCUAGCUCUCAGGUACUUUGACUUGAAAAAUGGAGUUUCAGAUCGUCUCCUUGAUUUCUAUGAAGAUUAUUCUGAAGCCCUGCAAAUCGUGGCUUUGGAGUCUAACACCAGGAUCCCGGUCUCCCCCGACAUCUAG